GAUUCGCGGCAUGUCGCUGCCUUGCACACUUGCAAGAUUUACUCGCCACUUAUCACUGAAUCAGGGAUUACGUUACAUCUUAAAUGCACGUCCAGGAUAUGACUUUCCACCUAUGUGUGAUGUCGUCGUUGUUGGCGGAGGUAUCGUUGGAAGCGCAACAGCUCGACAACUCAAGAUUGAUUAUCCAGACCUGAGGAUAUGCAUGGUUGAAAAAGAAAGCGCACUAGCUAAACACCAAAGCGGCAACAAUGGCGGUGUCAUUCAUUCUGGGAUUUUCUACAAACCUGGAAGUCUUAAAGCUAAGCUCUGUAUUGAAGGUAACGAACUUGUUUAUAAAUUUCUUGCCGAGAAUAAAAUUCCGCAUAAGAAAGUAGGCAAAUUAGUAGUAGCUGUUGAUCAGCAAGAAGUUUCAAGAUUAGAAGAACUCUGUCGAGCAGCAGUAAAAAAUGGUUGCAAAGACAUCAAAAUGAUCGACCAGACGCAGAUCCAAGAGAUACAACCACAUUGCAGAGGAUUGAAAGCUAUAUGGUCUCCAAACACGGGAGUGGUUGAUUGGGCGGAAGUAUCCAAUGCAUUUGUCACCGAUUUUGAAAAACGGGGAGGAACGGUUUAUGUAAAUUAUGAUGUAAAAAGCAUAACUCCAUCAACUCAUCCGCGUUUUCCCAUUUCAGUCCGUUCAGAUUGGAAAUGCGCACAAAUUUACACAAAAUUUGUGGUCACUUGUGGUGGUUUGCAUUCGGAUAAGUUAGCCCAAAUGAGUGGUUGUAGCCCGUCUCCCAAAGUUCUACCUUUUCGAGGAGACUAUUCGCUUUUAAAGCCUGAGAAAAAGAGUCUCAUCAAAACAAACAUCUAUCCCGUACCUGAUCCUCAUUCACCUUUUCACGGAGGCCAUCUCACUCCUAGAGUAAAUGGAGAUGUUUGGAUUGGCCCUAAUAUUAGACUAGCUAGCAGUUUCAUGGAAUUACCGGAGCUUUUGCAACAUAAAGGAAUGCGAAAGUUAUCAAACAAACAUGGUCUGCGAAAAUUAUACAGUGGAACAUCUACUGGUGAUCAGAUGCAACAUUUACAACGUAUCAUGCCAGACUUGAAGAAAAGCGAUGCGAAAAGAGGCCCCAGUAAUGAAGUAGCUGAAGCGGUGGACGAUAAUGGUAAUAUCGUAGACGAUUUUGUGUUUGACAGCGGCAAUGGACCGUUAUCAAAGCGUGUGCUACACGUUCGCAACGCUCCAUCACCAGGCGCCACCUCUAGUAUGGCCAUAGCUAGAAUGAUAUCCAAGGAAAUUAAAUCGCGAAUUGAUCUGUGAUUCUAUAAUGCUUCUUUUUACAUUCCAUAUGAUAAUGACUACUUUGACUAAACUCAAAGCUACAUGGUGAUGAAAUGUUAAAAGAAUUUGUGUAGCUACUUCAAUAAUAACUAACAAAGCUGCUUCCCAUAUUAAUGACUGACCUAUUCUUAAUC